UCCGAAGAACCUUUACUGGAGGAAAUGCACAGUACAAGCGAGACGGGUACCAGUACAAAAACAAUUAUAUCGUGGAUUGUAACCACCCUGAAAACAUGUGCCCAAUGCAGUGAAGAGAAAAUGUGCGGCUUUCGUUUUCGUUAUCCGGAAACAACAGAGGUGGCGUAUCUGUGCAAUCACGACUGUUGUACCGCCUUCCUUGAUGCCAAUGCGGGAAAAUAUUUUAUCAGACGUAAGAAAUUCUUGGUCGAAGAACUGAACAGCAGCAAUGAGGCUGACAAGGACGAUAAGCAUGACUGUCUGCAGUGUAAGGAGUCGAAGACGUGUAAAUAUUUCUUCAAACAAGACGAUGAUACUUUCUAUAUUUGCAACGAUGAUUGUUUUAAUCUCUUGAGCUCCGAAGAACCUGAUAAGUUCAAAUUGAAAAGACAUUCGAUACGCGUGCGUAAUAUUGGUGCCACAACAAUUUCCAAUGAUAAUGGCAAAAAAUCCGGUAGUUCCGAAUCGAGAGUUGUAGCCCGUACCGGAGCCGAAGCGGAAGCGGCCAGACUUGAACGCGCCGCCAGUUUUGUACGUCGCUGUGCUGAUUGUUUCUCCGAAAUUACCCUGGGCGAAAAGAAUCUAAUGUGGGAGACCAUGGACUUCUGCAACGAAAUCUGUUUGGGCAAAUAUCAGCGUACGAUUGGUGCCAAUUGUCAAACUUGUCACGGUGACGUACCACAUCCUGCCUUGGGUAAAUACUGUGUACGUUUUGGUUUCGAUAUACGGCAAUUCUGUUGUGCUGCCUGCCUAAAUGAAUUCAAGAAGGGUUUGAAAACAUGUUCCUGUUGUCAAAAGGACAUAUCAUCGGGCAAUGAGGGUUUCCUGGCACCGGUCGGUGACAAGGAACAAUUUAAAGAUUUUUGUUCGCAGGCUUGUAUGCGUCGUUACGAUAGCAUUGCCAAUCCGAAAAAGAAGUUGCGCAAUGACAUCUGUGCCGUCUGCAACAAUGACAAGCCGGUGCGCGUGGAAAUUAUUUUGGACGACAAAGAGCACAAUUUCUGUUCCAAUCCAUGCUUUUCGGCCUUCAAGUUUGUCAGCAACAUUGUGGCCGAUCAAUGUGGCAUGUGUUGUAAAUAUUUUGAGCGCAAAGCCACCGAAUCCUUCACCAUCUACUCCGAAAAACGGGCCAAGGUAUUCUGCACACGUGUAUGCUUGAAUAUAUUCAUUGUGGUGAAUCGUCGCAUCGUCUCCUGCCAGUGGUGCAAAGUGAAGAAAUAUAAUUUUGAUAUGAUCCUCAAGCAACAGGAUAAUCAAGAAAUACAAAUGUGUUCGCUGAAUUGUCUCACCCUUUAUGGAGUGUCGAUAAAUGCAUUUUCUCGAACCGUGACCAAAUGCGACAAUUGUAAUACCAUGGCCACACCGCAAUAUCAUUUGACAAUGUCCGACGCGUCAAUGCGUAAUUUUUGCACAUAUCAAUGUGUUAUGCAAUUUCAAAGUCAAUUUGCCCGUGCCCCGCUCACAUUGGAGAGUGAUAGUAAUGCAGCUUCGACGACAAAUGUAAAUAGCAGUGGUGGUGGGACGGGAUCAAGUCACACGAGUAGCAGUAGUACGAAAUCCGCAUCAUCGGGAAAGCAGAGUGCACCAUUUCCAACUGGUCUGCCGAAACGUGUUAAGUUGAAGGGAAAUCAACAACAAAAGGGCAGUGUAAGUACCAAGAUUCAAAAACUACCCACAAUGCCGGUUAUAUCAACAGUCUCCUCAUUGGCCAGCGGUGAAACUGAAACAAUGAUUGGUAAUGUCACAGUGAGACGUACACGAAUAAGAGGACGCAAAACCGACUCUCCAACGCCUCCUGCCUUGCCGCCAACACCACCUCCCAUGGCAAAUAAUCAACAAAAUCAAAGUCAGUCAUCAUUGGGUCGUCGGCAGCGUAAAGCGGCAGUAAUUGAUAGAUCAUUGACACCAUCACCGCCCAGACUGGCAGCAGCAUCGAGGAAAAGUGAACGCGGUACUACUGCGGCAUCGAGUACUCCGGCAGGCGCUUCUGCCACUUCUUCCGGUAGUGUGGGCGAAAAAGUUGUUGAAAAAGUGUCUGUACAAACGGAAACAAAAAUUGUGGCAGUACCACCCUUACCACCGGCAGUACGCAAUGUCCAAACCAGUUGUAAGCCACAAACCAUAACUGUUGGUUUCCAAACCGAGCCGAAAACCUGUACAGUGGGUACCCAAACCGACAAGGAUUAUUCGAAUAAAGUUUUAAUACCAGUACCGGUACCAAUAUUUUUGCCUCAACCCAUGUAUAUGUAUUCGGCACCCUUCCCAGUACCAGUUCCUAUCCCCCUACCCAUACCGGUGCCCAUUUUUAUACCAACUACACGUAAUUCAGCUCAGGGUAUUAUGAAGGAAAUCAAAAAGAUUCAAGAUAAAAUGCCAGCCGAUCCAUUUGAGGCAGAGCUGUUGAUGAUGGCUGAAAUGGUGGCGGAGGAGAAACGUGAAUCGGAUUCAGAUUCGGAGGAUGAAGUAAAACCAGAUCCAGCUGUGGUCUCACUGCAAUAUAACAAUAGUGUGCAACAGGUCGAUGUUGCCAACAACUCCUAUGGCGAAGAUGUGCUACAGAUGGCACUCAAAAUGGCCACUGGGGAUUAUGAUCAACCCACUAGCACCAUCGAUUUGGAAUCGGCAGUGACUGCGAAUACAAUUACCAAUCCUCCGCCGGGUAUUGUGCAGCAUGAUGACUCCAUGUCUCACAUGAGUGGUCAUCAUAUGCAACAGCAACAACAGCCACAUCAUAUUAUGGAUGCACAAAGGGGUGGUCGUGGCCGCAAACGUGGCGCCGUUGUCUCCUUGGUAUCACCUCGCAAUAGCCGCUCACCUGUCAAACGUCAACGUAUCGAUGAAAUGGAACCAUCACCGCAACCGCCACCACAACCCAUGCAACCGGUUGAAAAGCCCGAUGCCAAUAUGUGUUUGAAAUUCACAUUUGGUGUCAAUGCCUGGAAACAAUGGGUUAUGACCAAGAAUGCCGACAUUGAAAAGAGUUCCAUGCGUCGACGUCCCUUCAAAACGGAAUUGCUACAAAUGACAGCCGAUGAGCUGAACUAUUCGUUGUGUUUGUUUGUCAAAGAAGUUCGUAAACCAAAUGGUACAGAAUAUGCACCCGAUACUAUAUACUACUUGGUGUUAGGUAUCCAACAAUAUUUAUAUGAAAAUGGUCGCAUCGAUAAUAUAUUUACUGAUACCUAUUAUGAACGUUUUACCGAUUGUUUGGAUGAAGUUGCUCGUAAAUUUUCCGUGCUAUAUAAUGAUUCACAAUACAUUGUCACCCGUGUUGAGGAGGAACAUUUAUGGGAAUGCAAACAAUUGGGUGCCCACUCGCCGCAUGUUCUAUUAAGCACCUUAAUGUUUUUCAAUACAAAACAUUUUAAUUUAACAACGGUUGAGGAACACAUGCAAUUAUCAUUCUCACACAUAAUGAAACACUGGAAACGCACCGGACAAACAGCUAAAACACCUGGAUCACGUAAUGUUCUAUUACGUUUCUAUCCACCACAAGCUGGGCUUGAAGCGAAUCCCAGGAAAAAGAAAGUUUACGAGCAACAAGAAAACGAAGAAAACCCCUUACGGUGUCCCGUACGUUUAUAUGAAUUCUAUUUAUCGAAAUGUCCUGAAAGUGUAAAGACCCGUAAUGAUGUCUUCUAUUUACAACCCGAACGUUCGUGUGUACCCGAUUCUCCCGUUUGGUAUUCAACCCAACCCUUAAGUCAGGAAUCUUUACAGAAAAUGCUGCAUCGUGUUAAAAUGGUUAAGGAAAUUAAUAUUGCCCUAUUGACAAGUUAAUCAUUGAUGAUGAUGAC